UUGUGUGACCUUAGGAAAGGCAAGACUAAGAUGUGUAGCUGCUUAUCUGCUUUGAGAAAGUAAUUCCCCUCACUGGGAGUGCUUCAUAGGAAUGAAAUCACAGGUCAAUACAAAUGAAAGGGGGAAGGGAGUAAAUAGAAAUUUGGCUAGUUCAAAUCAGGAAUGUUGAGCCAGACUGGGAGUGGGGAUAGGUUAAGGAGUUCGGGUUUGGGGUCCUUAGAGGACACAUAUGUACCCUUGGGUGGUCGUUCCUUCCCUGGCACUAACCUGAGUACCAGCCCCCUUACUGGGAGGGGGCGGGGAGGCAGGGAGACAAGUCUGCACAAAUCUCUGUCAGAGCUCCAGGCACUUAAGAGUCUGAUCCCACAGUCCUUCCCAAUCAGUUGUUUCAUUGUUCCAGGGAUGACUUCUCUCUCUCAACCAGACUGUGAGCUCCCCGCCGUGGAAACAGCCCCACUGCCAGUCAGGAGAUCUAGCUUUCCGAGGACUCUCUGGUGCCUUCGGACACGUUCCUACUGCUUUCUGGGCUUCAGUUUCCUUCUCCUCUUCCUUAGAAAGAAGAGGAUGGACCAGAUGGCCUCUACGGGCCCUGCCAGCUCGGAUCUGACGUUUUGAGAGAUGUAGUUGAUCCGUAAACUGGAUAGACACAGCAGGAGGGUCUCAGCCCGUUCAGGCCAAGGACUGGUUCGAAGAAUAGCUUGACAGCCCUCAGACUAAAUUCCUGUAUGAUCUCAGCCAGCUCACUUCCUCUAGACUUCAGUUUCUUCUUCCGUAAAAUGAGGGAGAGGGAACUAAAUAAUGUGGAAGGUUCCUUUCUUAUUCUCAAACCAGGAUCCGAGGAAUUUCGAACUCCUCCCUGCCGCUCUCUUCCCUCCCUCUUUCCCCAAGGCCCAGGAAACCCUACAGGGGAGGCAAGUGGGCCCUUUGGCAUCAGCCUAGGUGAGUGUCGGGGGCGGCAGGAAAGAGGAGCAAGAGGGCGAGGGACUAGGACAAGUGUUGUGCAAUAUCUUGGAUCCCUAGGAGCUUGUCCGGGUAGGCUGUGACCACAUGAGGCAAGGAUGGGGAGCAGGAGAGCUGUGCCCAGUGGCCCAGGUGACCCAGGGUAGGGGUGAGAAGGGAAGCAGGAGAGGUACUACACCCUCUCCCGAUCCUCCCUGUCGGUGGGCAGCGCAGGUGUCUCGGAGCCAACGCUCAGGCAAGAGGGGACCCUCGGCACUUCCGCAGCCCCCAGAUGAACCCCACUCCUCAGCUACAGGCUGAGUCAGCACCCUCAGUCCAAUCCCUACCCCUUUGCGCGGGCACUGCGGUACCUUCAGCUCGGACGGAGCGGCGAACCGAGGGGUCACUCUCUUGGACCCCAGAGCUUCGGACAGCUCAGACACAUAUGUGUCCUAGCGCCGGAAUGGUGCGAGAUUCGGGUGGGGCGAGCUCCCCGAGCAGCCAGCCGAGUCUAACUACCAGGUGGCGCGAUUAUCCGAUUCACUGGGGGAAUCCACACUGCCACCGGCUUAAACUCGCUUCUUGGGACUGGCGCAAUUGUAUGGGCUGUCCGGGCAGCUCCGCCGCGGCCAUGUAGACCCGGCUGCCCUGAUUCUUCAGACCUGGUAGAGCCCUCUGCCUGCAGCCGGCGGCAUUUCCCCAAAAGCCGGCGCUGGCCCUUUAAGGCUUCGAGGUGGGGCGGUUGAGAUCUCACCCCCUUCUCCUUCAUGCCCCGCCCACCAGGCUGGGCUCAUUAGCAUGGCCCCGCCCCUGUCAACUGCUAGGCUCUGGCGGCUCCGGCGCUGCCAGUGUCCAGGGCUGGAGGGACGCGCGGCGGGCGGCUCGGAGGUGGAGGUACUGGUUCCGUUUCUCCUGCCCAAGGGAAGGGAGCGGCGGAGCCCAAAGCGAGGGCCUUCUGCACAAACAGUCCGAGAGGCAGGAGUGGGCUUGGGGCUGAGCUGAGAGCUGGAGCCGGAGCUGGAGAAGGAGCCAGUUGCGCCCCGGGCGCACUCAGAGCGAAGAGCUGACCGCGCAAAGGGACUGAGUCUGAGCAGAGCAGCCAGCGCCCGGGGAGGCUGGCGGGGCGGGCGCGGGGCUGCCGGGGAUGUGAGUCCGCAAAGCCCCCGGAGCCGGGAUUGGAGCCAGCGCGCCCCUGGGGCGAUGUGAGUCCCGCGGCCGGGAGCCGGAGCCUGAGCCCGAGCCGCAGCGGGCGCUACGCGAUGGUGCGGGGCGCUCCCCGGGGGUUGGGGCCGCCGCUACUGCUGCUCGUGCUGUGGCUGCAGGGCCGGGGGGGCAGCGCGGCGCCCGCGCCCCGGACCGAGGAGCUGAGCCUGGGAGUGGAGUGGCUGAGUCGGUUCGGUUACCUGCCCCCACCAGACCCUGUGACAGGGCAGCUGCAGACCCAGGAGGAAUUGGCCAAGGCCAUUGCAGCUAUGCAACGGUUUGGGGGCCUGGAGGCCACCGGUGUCCUCGAUGAGGCCACCCUACAGCUGAUGAAGACACCACGCUGCUCACUGCCAGACCUGGCUAUACCUGGGGCCCGGAGAAAGCGGAACACCCCCACCCUAACCAAAUGGAACAAGAGAAAUCUGUCCUGGAGAGUCCGCACAUUCCCACGGGAUUCCUCACUGGGCCGGGACACAGUCCGGGCACUCAUGUACUACGCCCUAAAGGUGUGGAGUGACAUCACGCCACUCAACUUCCACGAGGUAGCAGGUAGCAAUGCGGACAUCCAGAUUGACUUCUCCAAAGCGGACCACAAUGAUGGCUACCCCUUCGAUGGCCCUGGGGGCACCGUGGCCCAUGCUUUCUUUCCAGGAGACCACCACACUGCUGGAGAUACCCACUUCGAUGAUGAUGAGGCCUGGACUUUCCGAUCCUCAGAUGCUCACGGGACGGAUCUCUUUGCUGUGGCUGUCCACGAGUUUGGCCACGCCAUUGGGCUCACCCACAUCUCAGCCAUACAGUCCAUCAUGAGACCCUAUUAUCAGGGCCCUGUGGGCGACCCCCUGAAAUAUGACCUGCCCUAUGAGGACAAAGUCCGCAUCUGGCAACUGUACGGUGUCCGGGAGUCUGUCUCCCCUACAGCCAAGCCAGAGGUCACUGAGACUGAGGAUCACCCCUUUCUCCCAGAACUCCCAGACAACCGCACCACCAUCCCGCAAAGGAAGGAUAUACCCCAUCGGUGCAAUGUUAACUUUGAUGCUGUGGCCCAGAUCCGAGGGGAAGCCUUCUUCUUCAAAGGUAAGUAUUUCUGGAGGCUGACCCGGGACAGGCACCUGGUUUCCCUACAGCCCGCCCAGAUCCACCGCUUCUGGAGGGGUCUCCCACUCCACCUGGACAGUGUGGACGCUGUCUAUGAGAGGACCAGUGACCACAAGAUUGUCUUCUUUAAAGGAGACAGAUACUGGGUCUUUAAAGACAAUAACGUUGAGGAAGGAUACCCUCGGCCCGUCUCCGACUUCAGCCUCCCGCCAGGUGGCAUCGAUGCUGCCUUCUCCUGGGCCCACAAUGACAAGACUUAUUUCUUUAAGGACCAUCUGUACUGGCGCUAUGAUGACCAUACUCGGAGGAUGGACCCCGGGUACCCCGCAGAGAGCCCUCUGUGGAGGGGGAUUCCCAGCAUCCUGGAUGAUGCCAUGCGCUGGUCUGAUGGGGCCUCGUAUUUCUUCAGGGGUAAAGACUACUGGAAAGUAUUGGACAGUGAGCUGGAAGCCGCACCUGGCUACCCACAGUCCACUGCCAAGGACUGGUUGGUGUGUAGUGACAUGCAGGCCGAUGGCCCUGAGAACGAAGUCAGAGCCGAGGGAGCCAGGACUGGGGCCCGCUCGAGGCCCGGCCAGCAUGACGAGAGCCGCUCAGACAGUGGUUAUGAGGUCUGCUCCUGCACAUCCAAUGCUUCCUCUUUGGGGCACAUCUCCAAGCUGCUCGUGGCCCAGCUGGCAGUGGCCAGCCUCUGGACAGCAGCCCUGACAGCCAUAGUGCUAUGACACCACUGAUGCUGGGCUGGGAGAGGGAAGAGCUGGGGCUGCUCCCCCCAGGAACCACUCACAGCCAACACCAAGGGCAGGGAUCCCCCCCUCCCAGGGCUGUGAGAUAUUCUCCAGGAGAAAAUGGCGCAGUUUGGAGUUGCAGUCAACUCUUUUCUUCUAACUCAGCCUUGAAGAUAAGGAUGAGGCCUCUAUCAGCCCAUGGUCCAAAGCUCUUUGAAUCCUGGUCUCACAGAAACUGGAGGGCCCUGGAGCAGGUGGGGGGGGGGAGCAGCAAACAACACAAUUGUCUUCCACUCUCCUAGAGGGGCUGGUCAGACUCUGGCCAGACAGUUAGUAAAUCUUCAAGGCUGUUGGACACAGGAAGAGACACAGGGUGAGGCCCCUAACUCACUCUUCCAGGCCCCAGGGCCCAGGAAGAUGUCUCUACAAGGAGAACCAAUUUCAUUUGGCAGCCUUUGCCCUGUAACCCUAUAUCUGAAGCAAAGGCCCAGGCUGUCUGGGCCCCUUCUUGGGAAGUGACCAUCUCUGACCACUAUUGUCCCUUCCCCCAGGGAAAGAGCCCACAGAGCAGGGGAUUCCCAAAGCAAACAUGCUCUAUUUUCCCCUCCAGGAGGCUUCGCAUUCUCAUUUGAGUGUCAAGAAGCAUCAGUAAGCCCAUCCCAUCUCCCCAAAUGGCCAUCUUGACCUCACAGGGAGAACAGGGUACAAAUUCAGCUUGACAUUUAUUUGGAAACACCCAAGUCUUUACAGUCAAGGUGCCCCGUGGCUCCAAGACAGCCCCAUCCCUGGAAUUUCCCCACCCCAGAGGCAUGGGCUCCAUGGUAUAGAAUACAGGCAUUAAAAGACCCAUCAGAGGACGGCUCAGCCCCACAGGAAGCCAGGAGUUGUUUGGCCUCUGCUGACAAAGGCUGGUUCAUCUCUGAGGCCCAUGUCCCUGGGAAGGCAGGCCACAAAAUCCCCUGCAGUUGGCCAUCUCUCCGCCUUCCACAGAAACUUCCCAGAGUGCAGGUCAGGGGGGAGCGGCUGGGGAAUCUUCAGGAGGUGGACAUCUAGACAUGGCCUCAUUGUCUCUGUGUGUGGGAUUUGAAUCAAACACAAUCUCUUCCUGCUUUGUAUACAGCUCUGAUGUCUGAGUUUCUUGCUGUAUAGACUCAUCCCGCUUCUUGA